CCCCUUUUUCCGUGGAUCAACAUGAAUUAAAUAAUAAAUGCACCAAUAUAUCUCCUAUCUCUACCACUAAAGUACAAACCAGACAUCUAUCCCCCCUACUUUUCUUGAUCAAACCAUCACAAUUUUGGUUCCAAAUAGUUCAAAAAAACACACACACCAACACCAAAACACACACACAAAUUUCUCACCUUUUGCCGCCAUCAAACCAUGUUCAUCUACACUCUCCUACUAUUCACCUUCCCAACAAUCCCAAACCCAUAAACACAAAACCAUGAAUCACACAAAACCAUUAUGUCUUCAAACAUUAAACCAAUGGAAAACAACAAAAGAUCUUUCUUUGCUGUUUUAACCAUUCUUUUAAUUUUGUUAAUUUCUUUCAAUGGAGCUUCUAUCUUCUCCAUUAAUAUACCCUUCCCGGAAAAUGUCGCCGGAGAUUCAAGAAACUUGCUGACGUCAUCGUUGGCAAACUUGAUGUAUGCAGUUGAAGAUGAAAACCCAUCUGUAAUUUCAAAUACCCAGAUGAACUUACAUGAAAAAGAUGAAAACCCAUCUGUAAUUUUAAAUACCCAGAUGAAAUUACAUGAAAAGACCGUCGCCGGCGCCGGAGAUUCUUCAAGAUUCAUCGCCGGAGAAGCUCCGCCGGUGAUUUCAAAUACCCAUUUGCCCCUUUUGCGUAUAUCACACAGUUUGCAUCUUAAAAAAGAAAACCCAUUUGUAAAUUCGAAUACCCAGUUGAAAUCACUUGAAAACACGGCCGCCGGUGCCGGAGAUUCCACAAGGUUCUUCGCCGGAGAAGCUCCGCCGGUGAUUUUGAAUACCCAUUUGCCCCUUUUGCGAAAAUCACACAGCUUUCCUCUGGAAUCUGAAGAUUUUCCGGUAAAAAAUAAAAAAAUCUUGGAGGUGUUGACUUUUAUGGAGUCUUCUGACCAACUCCGGCGAGGUGAAUUCCGGUCGAAAGUGAAGAACUUUUUCAGCAAGAAUGAAUCUUUUUCAUGUAAAGUUCGUUUCUUUAUGACUUGGAUAUCAUCAUUAAACACCUUUAGUGAAAAAGAGUUUCACUCAAUAGAGACAUUAUUCAGCACACACCCAAAAGGGUGUCUACUAAUUGUGUCAAACUCAAUGGAUUCAAAUAAAGGAAGACAAAUUCUAAAACCCUUUUCGGAAAAAGGGUUUAGAGUAACCGCGAUUUCGCCUGAUUUAAAGUACUUGUUCAAGAACACAAUGGCAGAACCUUGGUUCAUGAAGUUAACCAAAGGUGAUCUUGAUGUUGGUUAUGUCCCAUUAGGCCAAAAUUUAUCGAAUUUGCUUCGGCUUUGUUUGUUGUAUAAGUUUGGUGGUGUGUAUAUGGAUACUGAUGUUAUGGUGUUGAAAAGCUUCUCUAAGUUGAAGAAUUCAAUAGGUGCACAAACAUUGGAUUUGGGUUCAAAGAAUUGGAGCCGGUUGAAUAAUGCAGUCAUGGUGUUUGAUAAAAUGCAUCCGUUAGUUUACAAGUUUAUUGAAGAAUUUGCAUUAACUUUCAAUGGUAACAAAUGGGGUCACAAUGGUCCUUAUUUGGUUUCAAGGGUAGUUUCAAGGCUUGAAAAUAGACCGGGUUACAACUUUACUAUUCUACCCCCAAUGGCAUUUUAUCCUGUGAAUUGGAAUAGGGUUAGGAAUCUCUUUCGUGGGGCGAAAAAUGAGACCGAUGCCAAAUGGUUAAGGGGUAAACUUAGGCAGAUUCGUAGCCAGAGUUAUGCGGUUCAUCUUUGGAAUAAGCAAAGUCGAAGGCUUCGUAUUGAAGAAGGAAGCAUUGUGGGAAAGAUCUUGUCAAACCAUUGUGUUUUCUGCAAUUCGUCGUUGGAUAGCAUUGUACGUAUAGAAUAGAAUAGAACUCGAAAAUGAUUUAGUCUUUUGUUAUACAUGUGGUUAUGAAUCAACUUAAUUCGUUCCACAUUUAGAUUACAAUAGAUAUUUCAUGAAAGAAAAGAAAAAGAAAUAUUUCAAACAAAGAUUCAAGUGUUUGGAGUUGUGAAUUGUGAUUUGGCUUGAUUAUGUUGGUGUGAUUAUAUAAUCAGAAGUGAAGUUUUCUAAGCA